AUGGCAACUAUCCUUACGAUGCAAUUUCCUUCAUCUGAUGUGCAAUUUCCUUCAUCUGAUGAGGAAGAUGAAGAUUAUUUUGUAGAUGAAGAGGAUGAUGAUAAUGAUAAUGAUAAUGAUAAUAAUAAUAAUAAUAAUAAUGACAAUAUUGAUGAACAUAAUAAUAAUAGGAAGAGUAAAAGGAAAAAAAGAAAAGGACGUUCUAAAGAUAUUAAGGAUACAAUAAAAAAAUCAAUCAUAAAAGAAAAGAUAGAAAAAACAUAUAAAGAUAUUAAUUUAGAAUAUGAAAAAUUAUAUACUCAUGAAUCAAAUAUUAGAAAUGGAGAUUUUUUAUUACAGUUUCAUAAAAAAGAUCCACAGAUUGGUAAGAAUAAUAAUUCAAUAGAUAAAUUAUAUAAUCAUAUAAAUAAAUAUUGUUCUAUUGAACAAGAUAAUAAAAAUAUAAAAAGUGACAAUCAACAAAAUGAUAAUAAUCUUAUAAAUAAAUAUCCAGAUGAUUAUUCAGAUCAUUAUAUUACUAUUAAAGAAUAUAAAAAAAAAUCUAGAAAUGAUACAUAUGUUAAAGAAAUGCAUAAUAAUUAUCUUGUUAAGAAUGCACUUGAAAGUUUUUAUGAUAAUAAUUCUAUACAUGUUGAAAAAAAAUAUAUGUAUGCCGGUAAAAUAUAUACUAUUAAAAAAAAAAUUGAAAAAACAUCAGCAUCUUAUAAAAGAUAUUUAAAAACACAAGAUAAAAUUAAUAUAGGAGGAAAUUUUACUAAUAUUGAUAAACUCAUACAAAAUAUACAAGAAGAAAAACAAAUUAAUACAAUAGAUAAGUCAUCAGAAGACUGGAAACAAUAUAAAUUAAUUAAUCUAGUAGAUGAUGAUAAACUCAAAAAAAAUCAAAACUAUCUAGAAAAUAAAUUCUUUGAAGAAAAUGUGGAAAGGAGAGUAUAUGAAAAUAAAAUUAAAAAAUUACACAAAUGA